AUGCCACCUACUGAUUCGGACACUGAAAUGAACGACGUCUUUUCUGGCCCUCCAAUUGAGCCUCAUGAUUUGAGUCAACUACAAUAUCAUAUCACCUUACGCGACUUUGGUGAAAAGGUACAAAGAGCUGCUAAUGCGGCCUACCCCAAUGAUCAAAAGAUCAAAUAUGCCCGAGUCUAUGCCCUUCUCAUAUUAUGGGAGGACGAAGACCCGCAAUUACCUGUUUCGCUAGAAGUACACGAAUUAGGCGUUGUUUUAGCUUCCAUCUACAAUUACGAUGUCCAGAUAUAUCGUAUCCCUAGCGGCGGAAGCCACAAAAAGUUGAAUCAAAAGAUUUUGGACUUUGUGGAACUAGGUGAAGAUAGCAAGGAAGACUUGAAGAUUGUUUAUUAUGGCGGUCAUGGCAUGCUAGCUCAAAAUCGGCAGCCUUGUUGGGCGAGUCGUUCUAAUCCCCGAGACCCUAGUUUCGGCAUGGUAAAAUGGGGCGGGAUUCAAAAUUCCUUGGAAGAAGCACAAUCCGACGUUCUACUAUUACUUGACUGUUGCUCUUCGGGCACUGCUAACACAGGAGAUGGAUGUGGGACUACAGAGCUCAUCGCUGCUUGUGGUUUCAAUGAUGUUGCAAAUGGCGUUGGACGCCAUUCAUUCACCCAUGCCUUGACAAUAGAAUUACGUCUGUUGAGCGCAUAUCCGAAGUUUACUGCAGCGGUCCUGUACAAUAGAAUACUAUGUCGACUACAAAACUGGAUGCCUGAAGGUAGAGAAUUGCAGAAAGCUCCACUGCAUGUUGUUCUUACUCAAAAUCAAGCUUUACCAUCCAGCAUACAGCUUUCAGUAAACCCAAAGCUAAAGCGGAAGCCAAUAUCACUCCAAAAUCCUUUCCAAUUUCUGGAGCCAAUAUCACUCCGAAGUCCUUUCCAAUCACUGGGUUCGCAAAGUCCCGAUUCAUCCGAGAGCAAUGAAAGGACAGAUUCUGAACAAGGUUCUGGUUCAUCACCUAUGUCAAGCCUGCACUCUGCCGAUGAUCAAUUUCCGAGGAUCUUACUGAGUGUGAGACUGAAGGAGGAUCUGACUCCAGAAUUAUCUGCCGAUCUCUUCGCUGAAUGGCUUCGCAUGAUGCCUGUUGUUGCCAACUCUGUUACUAUCGAAGCUGGAUUCAGCAGCUUUUCAACAUUAAUAUUGGUGUCUAUGCCAACACCAAUGUGGGUUUGCCUUGGAAAGAAUCCGGCCUUCAAUCUUGUAGGUAUCAUCAAGAAAAAGCCAAACAUAAGAAUAGUUUCUGCAUCAACUUGUUCACCGCUAGAAGUUGCUGAAAGCGAUAAUUAUCAGUCAUUGAAGACGAAACAGCAACCGCCGGCCCGUAUGAGUGAUGAAUCACCUCCUUCAGCCUAUACAACCAUGAGCUCAAUGCAAACACCAUUCCCUUAUGUCUCUGGCUUCGAUAAAAUUUCUCCCUACCCUUCUAGUUCGUCAUAUCAUUAUUCAACCACGGCUGCUAAAACCUACACUCCUAGCCAAGCUCCUCCAACAAGUUUAUCGAGAACUGAAAGUGCAAGAUACCGGAAAGAGGACGGAUCUGAACGGAAAUUUGCGUCUGAAAUUGUUAAUAAACCGAUCGACAAAUCCAGAAAAAAUGAUCAGCUCACAAAGAUGGAUGAUUGGGUUGCGGAAUCUCAUAAAUUAUCUGUCAAGAGUACAGGUACCCUCGCGGAUAGGGUUUCAAAUAAGAAUGAUAAAACUCGAGGAUCUGGAUGGCUAAACCUGCAAACAAACCGGGCAGCUAUGCCUACAGCUCCUCUUACUGGACGUUCCGUCAAUAAUAUCGCCCCCAUUCCUCGAUUUGCUUGCCACUUCAUUGGUUGUGGUAGGUCUUUUGUAAGCCAAGAUAACCGUGAUCGUCACAUGAAGAGACAUGGGGCUCCACUUGAAAGUGUGCUGGAACCAUUAGCAAUGUCCGAGACCAAAGAAGUGCUUAUGAAGUAUCUUCACAUAGAUUCUGAAACAUAUGCACUAAUGGAGAAAGAAACGGAUGUCAUUUAUCGAUGGCUAAUCUCUGACACAACUCACCUAAUCAAUGGCGAAACCGAAUCGCCUUACAAUGUAUGGAAUUUCACAGAACAAUCAUGGGACGGAGCCAUGCGAUUAUUAGAUAGAAUUGGCACUGGUAAAACGUCUUCUUAUUGGAACCUUGCUCGUCCAACUGCAGAAUGUCCCAACUGGAUCGCACAAUGGUUUCUUUCCCGCAGAUCCUUGAAUAGAAAGCAAAAGAACAGGAACGUGGGCGGUACAAAUAAUGCCCUCUGGCCUAGUGUUUCCUCACAAUACUCUCGCUCGCAAUCCUCACUAUAUUCGACCGGUACAGAUAACCAAGGCUCGUAUCCCUCAACAUAUACGACCGUUACGAAUUACUAUCACCCGUAUCCAGAGACAGAUGAGACCGGUACGAGUAACCAAGGCUCGUACCCCUGGUUAUAUGAGACCGGUACGAAUAAUGAUUACAGGGAGGGUACGAAUCAGGAUUAUGAGGCCAAUACGAAUCAGGAUUAUAUGGGCAGUAGAAAAAGCAGGCUUAACCCGAAUUACCAUUAG